CUGAUCCUGAUCUUCGUUGUUUCAGUUUGGCGAUGGAAGACAUUCAAAAAUGUCCUCGGAUGCAGGUCAUCCAGUUUAGAAAUGUUACUAUAUCCGAAAUAGUUAAUGUUGAUGAUGAUGCGAAGAAGGUACCGAAUGUAACAGCGCCGCUGGAUAUACAAUUAAAAAAUCAGAAUAAAGAAAAACUCUCAACAUUCCUCAACAAAAAAGAGAAACGAAAAAAAUACCCAAGUAAUAAAAGCGAUCAUAAGGCUAGCAAUGCUGCGAAAAUUCAUGUGACUCCCUUACAACCAUACGAGUACCCUGGCGGAAGAGAUUCUUCAAAUGCAUGCAGUAGACAGCAAAAUAGUUCUCGUGUCCCAUACACCACUAAGUCCACAGAUGGCCAAAUUGGCAUAACACGACAAACUGAUCGAGAGGCUUUACAUCAAUUGCUUAUUGAAUGGACAAAACGCUCUCUAUGGAACAGCAGAGGAAACAGGUUUUCAAAGAAAAUAUUCCAACAGGCUGAACAUUAUAGGGAAAUUUUUAAUGUACCCAAAUAUCAAAUUUAUUCGUAUUUUUGGAGCGAACUCAUAGAGUACGAACAAAAUGUCCGCAAUGAACUCUUCCAAGAGAAAUAUUAUAAUUACACUCCACAAUAUAUGGUGGAUGACAAAACUAUUUUGAAAAUGUGUAAGAAUCGUUUAAAACCAUCGAUCUAUGAUAAAUUUUUGGCAAUACUGGAAAAUCUUACGUCGUGUCAGUUGACGAGUAAUGAUGAUUUGGCUGCCUCAAAAAGCAGUUGUUGCGGAGAGCAAACAACAUCGCGAGCUAUCAAAAAAACCAUAAAUCUUGCCAAUAGACCUGUAACCAUACAAUCUUACCCAUGUAAGGACAAUGAGAUAGUGAUUCGUGUAUACGAUUGCAACAAUACGAAUACCAAUAUCGAAGAUGCUUUAUAUCAAUUUGAUUUAAAUUAUAACCCCAAUACUGAUAUCAUUAUUAUUGAUGAGCCGUUGGAGUUUGUAGAAGUACCACGGGAAACAUUAAAGAAAAACUCGGAUUUUGUACAAGACCUAAAAGCAAGCAAAAGGAGAAAACUUGAAGGUGAAAUUCCCAAAUAUAAAAUAAAAUGUGUCUCAAGGGAUCCUGCCAACCUUCAAAAUUCACAUAAGAAACCAGUCACACCAAAUAAAGAUAGCAGUAAUGUGGACAAAAAUUACUUAAAAAGGCCGAAGCCUCAAGAAUCAGUGAAGCAAAAUUUAUGUGUGGCAGAAGUUACAUCACUCACCAACAACAAAAAUGCGUACCAAAAUCUCCUUGAGAUGGCUAUGGUUAAAGAUAAACCUUUAAAUAAACCAAAGAGUAAUAAAAAAAUAACUCUCAAAACGACAAGCAAAGCAAAUGUAAGGUCUCCAAUGCCCGGCAAAUCAGUUUCUGGGAAAUUAAGUGGCAAAAAAGCCCAUCAAACGAAUAUAAACAAAUUAGGACAUAACCAACAAACAAGCACUGCAGUUUCUAACGCAGAUGACGAUGUGGUGAUAUGCCUGUACUUCUGCGAAAUUUGUUUUAAGGCUUUCGAAACUUUUAAUGAAAUGCAAGAACACUUUAACAAAAGCUUAUGUGCUUCCAAAUUGCGAAUAUUUCAGUGUAACAAUUGCUCCAACAAUAUAUUUGGAUUUUAUAAUUUCAUGAAACAUUUAAUGGAGUGUGAAAAUAUUGAUCCAUAUAAGAGUCAGUUGUGAUCGAGUAACAGGUGAAGAAAUAUUCUAAAGCUUCCAAAGUGCAUUAGAAAAAAGGGGAAUAUGAAAGAAGCCUAUGGCCAUAGGUAUUAAACCUUUGUAAGAAAUGUAUUGUAGUUUGUAACAUAGCAAGUAAUGGUUCCCAGAACUCGAAAAAACAAAUACAAUUUAAAAUUUUAAUGAA